AUGACCGAUUUGUCUUCAAGCGUGAAUCCAACAACUGAGAUCUAUUUGUCAGUGUCCACGACGACCACAGUCGACAACUGCAAUUCCAAUAUAUGUAACAAGAAAACUAGCGCGUGGAAGGAGCGCGGCAGCAGAAACUUAACGUACGAGGAACGUCGUGCCAUGCUCGAUUUCCUCUUGAAACGGCGGGUUGAAGGCAGUACAAAACUCAUGCGACAUGCUGUCACGGAUGCAGCUACGGAAUUUGCUGUUGAUCGCCGUACUGUAUCAAGACUUUGGAAACGUGCAGUUCAAAGCUUGGAGAAUGGAGAUGAAGUGUGUGAUGUUGCGUCACGAAAAGUCGGACGCCGUGGUCGGCGAAAGCGCGACUGGUCAGCGGAGCUUAAACGCGUCAAAGAGAUUCCAUUGACUCAGCGAGGGUCAAUCCGAGCGUUAGCGUCAGCAGUUGGUAUUCCCAAAACGACACUUUACGAGCUACUGAAGGACGACGGUAAUCCUGUCCUUAAUGCCAUUAAACCGUCCUUGACAGACAAGAAUAAGCUCGAGCGUUUGCGCUAUUGUAUUGACAAAGUCCGACCUAAUGGUCUUUUUGACGACAUGCAUAAUGUCGUGCAUAUUAAUAUGAAAUGGUUCGCGCUACCACGCGACAAGAAAACUAAAGUCAUGUUUAUGGUUGCAGUGGCACGUCCACAAUGGGAUCCACAGAGAAACAAUUAUUUCAAUGGCAAGAUUGGUACAUGGCCAUUUGUCCGUGAGGAGUUGGUGACACAGAGUGAUGGAAAAUUGGGACAACAAAAACGAAUGUUUGUCGCAAUGGAGACGGUGACAAAAGACGACGUACAGCGAAUGAUUAAUGAGCUUAUUGUCCCCGCUAUUCGACAAAAAAUGCCAGUACACUUCUCGAUUUUUAUUCAGCAAGAUAGUGCCAAGAUUCGGUGCUCUAGUGAUGCAAUCUUUGCUGAAGAAUGUCGAAAAGAAGGCUGGCAUAUCCAAAUGCAGCAUCUCCCACCGUAUUCACCAGACUUUACCGUCAUGGACAGCACAUUAUUUCAAUUCAUUCAGACGGCACUGAAAGCACAAUUAACAAUACGCAAUACUAUGAUGACGGGACUUUCAGAACUGGUGGCGCGAGUGGAACGAGCGUUUGCUUCUCUGUCGACUGACCAACUCAACGAUGCGUUCUUGACCCUGCAGAAAGCCAUGGAGUGCACAAUGCGCGUGCAAGGUGCCAACACAUACGAGCUGAGAGCAACUACGAAAGAGCAACUACGAUGCCAAGGCAGUCUUCCAGUGAGUAUUUUGUGUGACCCUGACGCGCUUUUAGCAUGCAAAGUUGCACUGGAUGGUGUGAAAGAUGUACCUUUUGAAAACUGUUGA